AUGUACUCAACACGCGAGGUUAUCAAGACUGCUCUUGAUGCGUACCGCGCACACAUAGCUGGACGCAACCGCCGAGCCCUUGAAGUCUACGUGCAACUCGCGACGCAGGCUGAGCUAGACUCGGAAGACUGGGGAAAUGAAGCCGAAGACAUGAGGGUAGACUGUUUUGGGAGCCUCCUGGGUCGGAAUGAUGCCCGGACCUUGGUAUCGAGCCCAGAGGAUAUGCUCACAAAGUUUGACGAACUUGCAUCGCUUUGCGAUCUUGACGGUUGUGGAGGACCUAUUCCGACCAGCCAUGAUCGAGAGUCGUAUUUCUCCCGUCUAGAAACCGCUUUGAAGGCAAAAUGUCUCCAAGAGGUUCGCGAUAGCAUCACUGCCCCCCCGAGCUUCGCAUUCUUGCCGAGCCAUAUUCUGGACCGGGUCAAGCCCUCAGACGUAGUCUAUGAUCGAUGUCACGGUCAAGAAACCUAA